UAGACGCAUUUGCUUCCUCUCUUUCAAGAUCAAUACACGCCGUUCGUCGCUUGGUAUUGUUCUAUCCUCUAGAAUUUUACUCGGCAGCUACAGUUUUUGAGAGAGAGAGAAGGAUGGUGAUUCCACCGGCAGUGCCAGUGAGACCACCACGUCUCUUUGACUACCUCAAACCUUACGUCUUGAAAAUGCACUUCACGAACAAGUUUGUUCACGCCCAAAUCAUCCACUCACCAACGGCCACGAUGGCUUGCUCAGCGAGCUCACAGGAGAAAGCACUGAGGGAAACAAUGGGGGUCACACGCGACGUGGCUGCUGCUGCAAAGAUUGGUAAGAUCCUUGGGGAAAGACUGUUGAUGAAAGAUAUUCCAGCUGUUACUAUUCACAUGAAGAAAGAGCAGAGGUAUCAUGGUAAAGUCAAGGCUGUGGUUGAUUCUGUCAGGGAAGCUGGCGUCAAGCUGCUUUGAGGAUCAUGAAGCCAAAUCAAUUUCAUGUUGAACUUUAGUCACGAGUACCCUCGUAUUCAUCUUUAUCUGUUGCUUCGAGCUUAGAUCAGUUGAGAAAGAUGGGAAGAUGUUUUUAAAGAAAAGGUUGUUCCUGAUUCAGAGUCUGAUCAUGUUUCUUCAGCUCUCCUGAUCUCCUUCUCGUCCGGUUAGUAUCAAAUCUUAGGGUUCUUCUUGUUGACAUUUCCAUUUGAUCUGCUGGUUAGAUUUCAGAAAGUGGCUAUAUGGGAAUUUAUCACUCAAAAGUCUCAAUCUUUUUUGCUUUUAUCGUUUAGAUCACCUUGACUCGUCUGAUGCAAGCAAACCAAGUUGAUUAAAAAUUUUGAGUCUUGCGCUUGUUACUCCUCAGCUUGUUGUUGUUCAUGUGGGCUCUCAGUGCUCUGCUAGCUCCAUUUUGAGAUUGGGCUACUCAUGGAACUUGUUGCAAUAAAAAAAUUGUUCAAUUGGAGUGAAAUGCUCAGUUUUGGGGGUUGGACUUGCUUAAGAAUGGUUGUAGAAACAUGUAUUCAGGUGCAGUUAAACCCGGAU